AAAAGGCAUGCGUGAUCUGUUACCUAACGUGACAACAAAAUGAUUCACAUCAUCGGAAGAUCCCGGCGCCUCAAGGCCUCGAGACCGCGGGCCACGACCCACUUGUGCAGUAACCACCACCAGCUUUCUUUCUUCAGCCGUGUCCACCACUACUCGCCACCCUUUAGCAACGAUGAGCACCACUACUUCACCAUACCGUGAUUACUUCCGUCGCCGCACUAUUGGUCGGGCAGCGUCGCCUCCCACUUGGGCUUGCUACGAGCAGAUCCCAUACGACGAUGAAGAUGAAUACAGCGACAGCGGAUCGGAAUCCUGCUCCGAGGAUGAAGAAGACUAUUCUCACGCCCAUGAGCACUUGAGUGACUCGGAGGAUGACAGUGACCACCGGGGUGCGCCAAUGAAUGAGCAUCGGGCCGAUGAUUCCUUGGAUAUGGAUAUGGAUAUAGACGAAGAGAACACGGAGGCGGCGGCUGCGAAGAAGGCUGCUACGUCUCAAAAAGACGUCAAAGGAAAGCAAAAAGCCAUUGAACCUGAGCCUGAGCCCGCUAAGCGCCGACAUCGCAAGAGGGAGCGCCAACAUGUUUAUACUCUCCGUCCCAUUUUGACCAUACAGAGGAGUCAGGGAUUCGUCUGGAAUCAAGACUUGUUCGUGCCGCCGUAUAUCAAAGACCGAUAUGUCGCUUCAACUUCGCCACCAAAUUCUGCGGGUUUUAUAUCCACGUCCGUGUCGUCCACCAAUUCUGCGUUGAAUGAUUACGAGGUGGAGGUCGUAGAGAUUCGUGUACAAGACGGUGACCUGGAUCAUAUCAUUCCAUAGAUACAUCACAUACGUUUCACUUCGUAGUUCUACUUUUUUUGUGUGUACGUAGGUUUUAUUUUCACUUCUGUCUUUCCAUUUAUUACAUACAAGUAAUAGUUUUGCUUUACGUGCCAGGGUUUUGCGCAUGUACUGUGGUCAUAAUAUAAAGUUUCACUACUCAAUAAAACCUCAAUGUGUC